CCUCUCCAUCAUGCUCCUUACUUUAAUCCUCCACAUCACACGUUUCUCAUUCUUGCUGCUCUCAAACACAUACCAAGCCUACAGUACCAUUAUUCCCCUCCCGGACCACUGCGCGGCAAUUCCUGUCGCGGACGAGGAGAUGGGGGAACGCAUCUUUGAUCGUGCCAUCAGUCCCCAUAUCCGCGCUAUUCCUGCAGAUGAAUUCGCUGUCCUCGCGAAGGGAAUACAGUUGACCACCAGCAUUAUGGAAACCCUUGAAGCAAAGGGGGGACCAGAUGCCCUGGCUGUCUUUAGCAAAGCGAGCACUGAUUUUGCGUGGGAAGUUGUUUCUCUAAGCGCUACUCGCGAUGCAUUCAUUCACGUCUUCGAGCUCGUGGAUGAGGAGGCGCUCAGGGCUCAGUAUGUCGAGUUUUUCGAUGCCCCUCUUGACACCGCGGAACAGGAGGCUGCCGCCAGAGCCAUUCUCUGUCGGAUCAAGGGUUUACCGGCCACUGUCAAGGCGCGAAGCAACAUGUACGAGCUCCAGUCUCAGUCGCAGGCCAUCAUUAAAGAUGUGGAAUCCCGCUGGAAGCAUCAACCAGAAAAAUUGGAAGAAUUUCUCGUCAAGUUCCUUGCAAAUCCAUACGAAGACGAUCGAGAAAAAGCUAUGGGUGAUCUCAUGGAGACGGUAUCUUCAGAGACAGACCUAGUCGAGCGCCUGAAGAAGUACCAAACCGAGGUUGACCGAAAGGAUGAAUUGUGAAUGGAAUAUUACACAACCGCUGUCUCGCAUUUGAUAUAGUCUGUGGGUCUUUCCCGUGUUACAACUGUUGAAAAUUGCCCUAGGUAUCUUACAAUCAUUACAUGAAUUUUCUCGGUUGCUAUUAUCUUAAUUAUUGCCACGUAUUUUCGCGUACUAGGCGUGGGGCACCAACUCCCACUCAUUACUCUCUUGUUAUCAAACUGACUUGUGCGAUCGGUGAAUGAACACUUAUAGAAAUCAAUCAGCCGUCGUAAUCAUUCUCAGUCAUCCAACACCUUGAUAAACUCCCAUACAGUUCCGCCUUCGCUACCCGCAACAAGGGUGUUGCCCUCGCCAAUCGAGAUUUGCCGCAUGGUAAACCAGUCCGGAGCCAGAAGGGUAUACCCCCCGCACU